UCCCUUCCAUUUUUUAUCAAAACUUAUAUUGACGGACUUAGCUUUAUUUUUAAACCGUGUAGUACUUUCAAAUGUUGCACUCCUGUUAGGUGUAAUUCUUGUUUUACGACUUUUGCUUUAAAUUAUUUUACUGGCAGGACCUAUUUUUACUGAGUUGAAAGAAAAGGAAAAUGCGUGACGUCACUCUCCUUAUGGGAAGUGCUGAAUGAUUGGCCGCGCCUCUGUGCGCGAGGAGGCGGGUAGUUAACGUCUGCUGCUGAAGUCUGAUUGAAGCAGCUGGGAAGAGAAACUACUGCAAGAGGAAACACAGUCCGCAGUUGCUCUGCAGAUUUUUUUUUGACAGAGCACUCCCUUUAAAAUGGCGUAUCACAGUCCGUACAGAGCUCAACCACAUAUCAACGCUCCUCCGGACCAGGGUUUUCUAUGGAAUAUCUUCCAAAGGGUUGACAAGGACCGGAGUGGAGUGAUAUCAGACUCAGAGCUUCAGCAAGCUUUAUCCAAUGGCACAUGGACUCCUUUUAACCCGGUGACAGUCCGCUCCAUCAUCUCCAUGUUCGACCGGGAAAACAAAGGUGGCGUGAACUUCAAUGAGUUUGCAGGCGUGUGGAAGUACAUCACAGACUGGCAGAACAUCUUCAGGACCUACGACAGAGACAACUCCGGCUUCAUCGAUAAAAACGAGCUCAAACAGGCCCUGACUGGAUUCGGUGAGCAGAAAAGUUACCGUCUCUCAGACCAGUUCUACAGCACUCUGAUAGAAAAGUUUGACCGUCAAAGGAAGGGGCAGGUGGCAUUUGAUGACUUCAUCCAGUGCUGCAUCGUAUUACAGAGAUUGACUGACGUUUUCAGGCGAUACGAUACGGACCAAGACGGCUGGAUCCAGGUCUCUUAUGAACAGUAUCUUUCCAUGGUCUUCAAUGUAGUAUAAAGUACACGGAUGGCCGCAGAAGAGCACAACUGGACACAACUGUGCCAAAGUUCCCGUCACUGUCUGGAUGUCUGCCAUGACAAGCACUACAAGAUUUUUUUUUUUUUUAACCCAGUUGGGCAGUAAAAUAAGAAUUUAUGUUAAGACAAAAAAAAGAAUACAGCACUUGAUGUAUGUUGAAAAAAUCUUGUAGUGUUUUGUUUGUUUACAAACCUGAGCGGAAUCUGUGUUGGGGACUCUGGGUUGGAGACUGUCGAGGACAAAUCUAUCUUUCUGUCAGUCUGUCUGUUAAUGUUAACAAUAUUUUUAAUGUCUUAACUUUAACUGAAGAAGAAAAAAAAAUCUGGUGAGAAUAAAAUAAUGCAUUGUAAAUAUGAUUUAAAAUGCAUUGCAUGCUUUUCAGGGAAAUCUAACCCCACACUGAAGCAUGCUUUCCCUCCUCUUGACUUUUCCUCAGCCCUUUUUUUUGCUCAAAGCCAUGUUUACAAAAACUGUGAAAGCAGGUGACAUUCUGCUUUAGGAUUCACUGACAUGCCAGCUUACAUGCCAUAUUUGUACAAACUUGUUUUUAACAGCAAAUCUUCAAAUGUCAGAGCAUAAUUUUUGGUAGAGGGUUAAGCAUAAUGCUUCCAGUAUGACUUUAUUUCUGUGCAUGAUGCCUUAAAUAUGUGUACAAAAAAUAAACGAAAAGAAAAGUCCAGAAAUCUUUUAUUAAAAAAUGCAAUGGCA